AGUAAGCUGGACGUGUCUGUGCCUGUCUUGCAUUACUGGGCUGUUGUCAUUAGUCAUGAAAAAUGGACAGAAGGAGAGGGGGGAGGCGGAGAAGGAGGCAGGGGUGCAGGUGAGGGAUCCGGGCGGCCGACGUGGCUUCUUCAGUAGGAAGCGCUCAGCCAUGCUGGCCACUGGAAUUAGCCUGGCUCUGCUUCUGGCUGCCAUCAUCACGGCGUCGGUCUUGGCGAGCAGAGCACCAGACACACCUCCCAUGAUGCCUUUUCCAACGGGCGGAGACAUGCUGCAGUUCCUCUACCAGAGUGGUGACAUCACAGACAAGGAUGGACUGCAGGUCACAUGGUACCAUGCAGCCAAUAAAAAGUCUGAAAUGGAGGAAGCCCUGAAAAGUUCUGCGAUGGUCUUGGAGGCUGACGUGAACAUCCAGGGACACAACACGGCCAACGAGACCAGUAUUCCCAUCAUGGCCCACCCCCCCGAUGUUUAUAGUGACAACACUCUUCAAGACUGGCUGGACCGAGUGCUCCAGUCUAAGAAAGGGGUAAAGCUGGACUUCAAAAGCAUCAAGGCAGUGGAGCCUUCACUGCAGCUUCUGAGGAGCAGGAACCAAACGGGCAUCAGCCGGCCGCUCUGGCUGAACGCCGACAUCCUGCCAGGCCCCAAUGUGCCUGCCUUCUGGCCCGUGGUGAACAGCACCAGAUUCCUGGAGCUCAUCCAAAUGAAAUUCCCGGAGGCGACGAUCUCUCCUGGGUGGGCAGUGCUGUACGUCCCCCUCUUCCCCAACGUGACGUAUAGUCGCUCCAUGGUGGAGCAGAUGUACCAGGCCAUCCGGAACGUUCCUCAGAGGGUCACCUUUCCUGUGCUGGCCGUCAUGGUGAGGCGGGCAUGGCCUCACUUCAGCUGGCUGCUCAGCCAGUCCCCCAGGUUCAGCCUGACUCUGUGGCAGGGCACGGAAGACCCCAGUGUGAGCGACCUCCUGUUUGUGCGGGACAACAUGCACCCCCAGCGCGUUUACUAUGACCUGUCCCAGCCUGUCCUGUCGCACUUCAGAGAGGCAGCCGGGCUGAGCAGGCGCCUGCGCCGUUUCUACCCGGGAGGAGACCUCAUCGACUAUUUCAAGCCGCCCAACAAGGAUGGCGUGAACAUCCAGUGGAAUCGGGUCAGUGACAGGACGUCACUGCUGUCUGCCCUUGGAGGGCAGCCUGGUGGAAUGCUGAUCAUUCCGGUGGGAUCGAAGCCAGGUCAUUCAGAUGACAUUCUGGUUGGAGAUUCCACACCACAGCUCCCCCUGCAGGAAUUCUUAGGCAUGGUUCUUGCCUCCCCAAAGCCAUGGGGCCUCUUCCUGCAGAUUCCAUCCCAGACCCUGCUGGCUCCUACGCUCGCCCUGCUUAAUGAGGCCUUCGAUAAUGACCAACUGCAUCAUCCAAUCUGGAUCAACAUGAACCUCUCCCACGGAACCUUCCAGACCCCUGGUUACAUAGACGGUCAGGAGUUCCUCAACACAAUUAACCGGGUCUUCCCCUAUGUCACGCUGGCGCCAAGCUGGCCCAGGGAGGCUCUGGCGUUGGGCUACACCAGUGUGCUGGUGGAGGACAUGAUGGCGCUGCUGGGAGGGGCCUGGCAGGACGUGGCCCUGCAGGUGCUGGCAGUGCCGCUGGGCCGGUCGUACCCGGGCCGCCAGGCCCUCCUGCAGGCCCAGCCCCGCAUGGCCCUCACUGUGCACCAUAGCCCAGAAGAGGGCAGCUACCACUCAGGCUAUUUGGGCCUGAUGUCGGCACGUGGAGGGAACAUCCAGAGGACUUUCUACAGCAUGCCCAGCCAGUACAUGAAUAGGCUCCACAUGGAUGUAUUCACAUCGUAGAGGUUUAAUACUGAACACUAUUCAGUCAUUUCUGACCUGAGUCUCACCUGCACACACUUAAACCCUCAAAUACUGAACACUAAUCAGUCAU